AUGGUGGUCCUUUUCAGGCGCCUAACUAUAGCGCUUACACUUUCAGUGACUUGGUCGAUAUCUUUUGCCUCUCCCUCUGGAAAAAGAGUCAAGAAGAUUCAGCAGCUAUCUGGCCGAGACAAAUUUGAGUGGACUGCUCUUGGAGAUUCGUUUGCCUCAGGGGUUGGAGCAGGAGAGUAUACUAGCAAUUCCUACCGGUGUCUACGUUACGACAAAGCCUAUCCAGCUUUGAUGAAUAACGAUCAACGACUACCAAAUGGUGAUCACAAAGAUGUAACUAUCACAUUCAACAAUGUUGUAUGUUCUGGCUCUCAUACCGAAGAUAUCGAAGCCUGGCAACUCCUCGACGAACCCACCUCUGGCAAACCUAACAGUCAGUACGGUGAUCGGCCAGCAUUUGGCACACCAGAAAUCGCAACGCUACAGGUGGGCGGCAAUAACAUUGAUUUUCCCGGUAUCAUAUUCAACUGUAUCAUAGAGACCAGCCUACCUUGGGGUGCUGGCCCAACAUAUCAUACUUGUGACGAGCAAAGAAAAAUUUCUAAAGGCUUGAUUAAGGACCCUCAGCUCGUAACCAACAUUAGUAGCACCAUCCAGAAAGUUGUCGAAAAGGGCCGCAAAGGCCCGAUUAAGGACAAAUUCAGGCUUUACGUCGUUGGAUUUCCACAAUUCUUUGACACCGAAACGACGGAGUGCGAUACAGUCACGUUCGCUCGCACAGCCAAUCCAAAUCCCGACGGAAAGGAGCAUACGAAACUCACCCAGGCGAUCAGACAGGAGUAUAACGACAUGAGUAUUGGUCUCAACAAAGCCAUUGCAGCAGCCGUCGAGGAACAUAAGGACCAGAACGUCAAGUUUGUUCCCAUCGAUGAUCAAAUGGAAGGCCAUAGGUACUGCGAGCCAGGAGUCAAAGAGCCUGAUCAAAAUAAUGAGAAACUCUGGCUGUGGCACUACCCAUACAACGAACGCGCGGAAAAUCCAGACCUUCAACCACUGACCGACGCCUACAGCCAAGUAAUGUCCGAUCCAAGCGUUAAGUCCAAAUUUCCAACUUUUUCUUCAUUCGAAAACGAAGUCUAUGCUCAUAUUAACGAAACAGGAAUUCAAGAUCCACUUUGGAUUUCUGUUGGCAACAGGGUGAAGGUUUUCCAUCCUCAGCCUGCGUUGCACGAAACAAUUCGUAAUUUGAUUCUGGAUCAGUACACGGAUGAUAUGGGUGGCCUCUUAACACCCGCACCUCCACCUCCAGCUCCACCUCCUCCGACGGUUGUUCUGGAGAAGAACGCAUGCCACGGCAUUAGCGGUGAUACCUGGGUUAUGCACUCGGACACUGCAAGCAAGAAUGCAGAUGAAUUUUGCAACCAAGACUCCACAGAGGUUACCUACAAUCCGGGAAGCGUGGACGAACUUAAGAUGUCUGUCAAGGCUGCCAAUAAUGAAGAUAAAGGUCCCAAGAAUACACCACCAGGAACAAAUUGCUUUAACGCUCUUAAAGCAGUGGUUGACGGCUGCGAUGGAAACGACCCGGUCAACAAUCCUCACAAUUACAAGUUCGGAGGCACAUUUACUUCUAGCGAUGGAUGGGAAUUCACUAUGACGCCUCUCAGCAAGCAGAUAAACGAAAUUUCCUGCGAUGUCGCCUACAAAUUCUUCUUCGACGCCUUCGAAGUCCGUGGCAAGAAUCUGCCAUCUGCCCAAUUCGGAGCCGAUGGCGAGGGUCUCAAGAAGGAGAUCUCAGGCUGUGGAGCGAUUAGUAAGUGGAAAUUUGAGCAGACACCAGAUGAUGUCAAGUUUCAAUGGUAUGCAUCCGGACAGCUGCCGAUUGGAACCAAGGCCUGCGUUGGUAGAGCAUUGCAAAGUGCUGGCGGGUCGGGAGCUGGCAAUUGCCAUGGGGCUGGGAAACGCUCGAUUGGAAUGAGGGAGAUUGGCAUUGAAGACUGGCCAGGAUAUGGGGAUGAUAGCAAACAUGUCUUUGGGAUUUCUGGAAGCGUUACUAAGAGAUAUAUAGGUUAUGAAGACUGGCCGGGGUAUGGAGAUGAUAGUAAGCAUUUUUUCGGAGUACCUAGAUAG